UCCAUCUACUCACUGGCUAAGAUACCCACAGAUCUUGUGCUACCCAUUAUCUUGCUCCUGAACACCCACAGCUGAGAUGUCCUGCCAGCAGAGCCAGCAGCAGUGCCAGCCCCCUGCCAAAUGCCCUCCCAAGUGCCAGACGCCAAAGUGCCCUCCUAAAUGUCCCCCUAAAUGUCCUCCCAAGUGUCCCCCUGUGUCUUCCUGCUGUAGCCUGGGUUCUGGGAGUUGCUGUGGCUCAAGCUCUGGUGGCUGCUGCAGCUCUGGUGGCUGCUGCAGCUCUGGUGGUGGAGGCUGCUGCCUGAGUCACCACAGACCUCGCAGAUCUUUCCGUCGCCAUCGCCACAGCUCUGGAUGCUGCAGCAGUGGUGGCAGCAGUGGCUGCUGUGGCAGCAGUGGUGGCAGCAGUGGCUGCUGUGGCAGCAGUGGUGGCAGCAGUGGCUGCUGUGGCAGUAGCCAACAGUCUGGGGACUGCUGCUGACCUGAGUGAGGAAGAUUUCAGAGAAGUGGUGCAAGAGAAGCACAUGCUCAGAAGACUCAGCCAUGCUGGAUGCUCUCUCCUCCUGUUUCCCUCCUCAUCCUGCCCUCUGAGAUGCUGAAAUCUUCUGGGAAAUGUUCUGUCUUCUCCUUAGGAAAUGUCAAUGCCCAUUUGCAUUUGUUAUAAAUUAAAAAAGCCUUGACAACC